CCUUGUGCAAGCUGGAGCGUGUACUCUCCUCAAACUUUAUUCUGCAUAAAGGCUUCAGUUAUCGCCUAGAAUUUAUGUAUUUUUCACCACUCCUCCCACUUUCUCGCUUUUAAUCGACAUUACCAUCUCUAAGGUAACCGAAUUGAGCUUCAUAUAAAUCUGUUCGUCGCCUGCGAUGUACAUUCCCACCAUUACAAAAUCACUCUAUCAAGCAUCAACUACAUCUAUGGCGAAUUUGUUUACUCUUCGCAAAACCAGACACUGUGGGUGUCCUCAGACCAGAUGAAUGAAACUGUUUUUGUGGCCUUUGAUAUGGAAAAUAGCAAAGUUAACAAGCAUUCAAGUAGCUAAAGCUGCGCAUAUUUUGUUUAUUUUUGAUAUUAUGGGAAAAACCUACACUUUCCGGUUCAAGUUAGGAGAGUUUAGUUACACAUCUAAGCACCAAACCUUCACUAUAUCAUGUAUCAAUACUGACCAACAACGUGCACUACUCCCAAGCUUUGUUCUGCAUGGAGAUGCCCAGAUUCAUGUUGAUGAUAUGCCUGGAGAGAAUCCAGUAGCAUCAAAUGGCCCUGAUGGUUCUGAUAACAUUGUUGCAGAGCUAACAAGUGGUGUGGUAGCAGAAGGGGGAGAGAAUACAAGUGCCAACCAUCAGCCAUCCUCAUCUGUUGUUCCAGAAAUAGUUCGCUCUGCAUCAACCAGUCCGAUGCUUGACCCUAAUGAGAAUGAACAAAAGAACGCCAGCAUAGCCCCACUUGCCAAACCAAAAUCCCCACUUCAUUUGCUUCUCCAAUAAUAUUUAAGCAAAACUCUGUAUUUUAUGUUAACAUCAAUAUGUUUGUGGCUGUUUGAACUAUUACCGCAAGUUUUAUUUAUAACAUUUUUAAUCUAUAAUUU